AUGAUCACCAAGUUUAUGACGGAGGUCACUGCUAGAUUCAACCCGUUUUCUGCAUGUGCAAAACCUGCUCGCCUGUUUCUGACAUUCCUCCCCCCGGACGCGCGCGCAAAUGGCACCAUCAUCAACACCGCACUCCUACCACGAACAUCGACCGAAUCUAGCUCAGUUGCUGUGAAAUUUAAGGACGGAAAAGAGAUGAAAUUCAACUGCGAAAAGCUUAACAUUAAGGGGCUGGUUGAAGAGGUUGACCGGCAUUCGCGCAAAUUGCAAAAAGCGGCCGAUCUCACAGACUAA